ACCCUUACUCUCCAGUUCGCACUUUCCCGUCAAGGCUUUGGUGAGCUCGAGCAACACCUGAUGGAGAUUAGCGAUUCGUCCCACACGCGAUACGGCAUGCAUCUGUCCAAGGACGAAGUGCACGAGCUCAUGGCACCUCAUCCGGAGACGCAACACACAGCAUCGGAAUGGCUCGCAUUUCAUGGACUUGAUGAGACGAACGCCAAAUACUCAUCCGCAAGAGACUCGAUGACCCUUCGAGUUCCUGUGGGCACCGCUGAAUCCAUGUUCAACACGAGCUUCCACGUCUACAAGCAUGCUGAAUCUGGGAAUGCACUCGUGCAGACGACGCAUUACAGUCUCCCGGAAGUCCUUCAUGACCACAUCGACCUCGUCCAUCCUCUUGUUAUGCUUGCUUCUGCUAAAACAUUGAGAUACACCGCCGGUAACAGUGCCCCAGUAAACCCACCCAUUCCGUCGGUCCGUACGCGCGGGGACAGCGCUGUGGAUCCCUCCUGCAACACCCAGAUCACUCCCGAUUGCCUUCGUCAGCUUUACAAUAUCGGUAACUACACAUCAUCUUCGACCAUAGGCAACGGGAUAGCGGUCUCGGCUUUUGAAGACGAGUGGGCAUCAUACACGGACUACGAGACAUUCUUGGAGGCAUAUGCGUCAUCUGCUGCUGGGUCCAACUUCUCUGUUACUUCGACAAAACUCGGUACUGAAGCUAGUCUGGACGUGCAAUACGCAUUUGGUCUGACGCGGCCUAUCCCGGCGACCUUCUUCACCAUCGGCGGGUAUCCAGACUCACCUCCCGAUAUGAACUGGACUUUCGCAACAGGGACAUUAGAUUUCGUCGAUUUCCUGCUGAACCAAACAGACCUGCCCCCGGUUAUCUCAACGAGCUACGGAGAAGAUGAAACUUCAUUUACUCCGGCACAGGCGAACACGAUAUGCCAGGGCUUCGCUGCUCUAGGCGCACGGGGCGUGUCUAUUUUAUAUUCAUCAGGAGACUACGGAGUAGGGUAUGAUUCGCAAGACCCUGAGACAUUCACGGUGCAUUUCCCCGCUAGCUGCCCAUAUGUCACGUCUGUCGGGAUGACGUCCGGUACUCAUGAAGUUGCAGGGAAUUACAAAAAUGAAAGCUUCAGCGGUGGUGGAUUCAGCAGUUAUUUCCCUCGCCCUUCAUACCAAGACAAGUCGGUCAGCGACUAUCUGACAUACCUUGGGGAUCAGUAUUCCGGCCUCUACAACUCGAGCGGACGUGGAUAUCCGGACGUAUCAGCGCAAGGCGUCAACUUCCCGAUCGAUUACUACGGUGGCACGAAGAACGAGACAGGCACCUCCGCUUCCACGCCCACAUUCGCUGCAAUCAUUGCACUCCUUAACGAUGUGCGAUUGAGUGCCGGGAAGGGUACCCUCGGAUUCUUAAAUCCGUGGUUAUACUCCUCAGGCUAUGCCGCACUGAACGAUAUCACCGAGGGAAAUAACCCUGGCGCAGGGACACUUUUAAUAGCUCACGGCUUGAAACCACUUCAGGCUACGAGAGGGUGGGAUCCACUCACAGGGCUUGGUACACCUGACUUCGCGAGGCUCAAAUAG